AUGCCGCAGUCGUUUGAGGGUCGAAAGGUGCUCCUGUUGGGAAGUGGUUUCGGUUCGCUUUUCCCUUGCUGCUUUACGAAGCCGACUGUUGAGCUAUUGAGCAAUGCGGAUAUUGAGGUUACAGUUGCGUGCCGCACACUCGAGAGCGCUAAGAAGCUUUGCCAGGGCAUCAAGAACACUAGAGCCAUUUCCCUCGAUGUGAAUGACAGCGCUGCGCUCGAUGCAGAGCUGUCCAAGGUUGACCUUGUAGUCUCCCUUAUUCCCUACACAAAUCAUGCUACUGUUAUUAAAGGCGCGAUUCGCGCCAAGAAGAAUGUCGUCACUACAUCCUAUGUGUCUCCUGCCAUGAUGGCGCUUGAGAAGGAGGCCAAAAAUGCUGGUAUAACGGUUAUGAAUGAAAUUGGUCUUGACCCUGGUAUUGAUCAUCUUUACGCUGUCAAGACAAUUUCUGAGGUUCAUGAGGCCGGCGGAAAAAUAACCUCCUUCCUGUCUUAUUGCGGUGGGCUUCCUGCGCCAGAAUGUUCCAACAACCCCCUGGGCUACAAGUUCUCCUGGUCCAGCCGAGGUGUUCUUCUCGCCCUUCGAAAUGAUGCGAAGUACUAUAAAGAUGGCAAGGUGGAAUCUGUUUCAGGACCGGAACUCAUGGGAACAGCCAAGCCAUACUUUAUCUAUCCAGGCUUUGCCUUCGUCGCCUAUCCAAAUCGAGAUUCAACCGCCUACAAGGAACGUUAUCAUAUCCCAGAAGCCCAGACCGUUAUCCGCGGCACACUUAGAUACCAGGGCUUCCCUGAAAUGAUCCGCACACUCGUCGACAUGGACUUCCUCAGCGAUGAAGCGAAGGAUUUCCUCAACUCCCCAAUCCCCUGGAAAGAAGCCACCCAGAAAAUCCUUGGUGCCACCUCCUCCAGCGAAAAGGAUCUCGAGUGUGCAAUCUCCUCGCGCACCAAAUUCCCUACCACGGAAGAGAAAUAUCGCAUCCUCUCCGGGUUACGCUGGAUCGGGAUUUUCUCUGACGAAAAAAUUAUCCCCCGUGGCAAUCCCCUGGAUACCCUGUGUGCGACCCUAGAGGCGAAAAUGCAGUACGAGGCUGGGGAGCGUGAUAUGGUUAUGCUCCAGCACAGGUUUGAGAUCGAGCAUAAGGAUGGGUCAAAGGAGACGAGGACUAGCACUUUAUGCGACUACGGUGAUCCCAACGGUUAUUCAUCCAUGGCGAAAUUGGUUGGCAUCCCGUGCGGUGUCGCAGUUAAGCAGGUCCUUGAUGGAACCAUCAGUGCGAAGGGUAUAUUGGCACCGAUGAGCAUGGACAUUUGUGCGCCUCUGAUCAAGACUCUCAAGGAGGAAUAUGGCAUUGAAAUGAUAGAAAAGACUGUUUAA